AUGGUAGCGAACCUCACGGAGCCCUUGCGGCCGCUCAUGCUGCAAGGCUCCAUGUUCAAAGGGCUGCGAGGACGCGUCAAGGAGAAGUUCGAGUUCCGCUUUAGGUUCCACGCCACUCGUAUCCCGCUAUCAGGCUACGACCAGCUGUGCGUGUCGGUGAUCUCGUGCGACUCGGGGCGCACGGAGGCGCAGACGACCAAGUCGGCGGUGCGCAACGGCAUAUGCCAGUGGCCCGAGACGGUCACACACGUCGUCAAGAUCGCGCGCAACCCCAAGACUAAGGCGUACGAGCCCAAGGCGUACCGCUUCGUCGUCUCCACCGGCGGCACGUGGGGCACGGUGUUGGGCGAGGCGACGUUGAACCUCGUGGACUUCAUCAAGUAUCGCCAGCUCGACCAGCGCGCGCUGCCGCUCGCCGCUGGCUCCGUCCUCCACGCUACGUUGCAAAGUUUCCCUCUAGACCCGCGGGAGGAGGAAGAGACUCCAGACGAGCAAACCCCGGCCGGCAGCACACAGGCGGAGGGGGACGAAGGCGACUAUUGCUAUGACGAUGAGUUCUACGGCGAUGACGCGGAUCCCGCAGGUGACGACGCGCGCAAGGCGGAGCCUGCGGCGCCCGCGCCCCAGGGGGAAGGUGUGGAGAAAGAAGCGGGUGGAGAGCAGCCCAGCGCCGCGCAGCAGAGCGCCGCACAGCCCAGUGCCGUGCAACCGAGUUCCGCGCCAUCGGCGGAACAGCUUCCGGAGGCGGUGGCUGGCGGAAGCAGCAGCAGCAGCGCCGAUGCAGGCGCGGUUGACCCCGCGCCAGCGGCGGCAGAAGCGGAACCUUCCGACAACGCGGUUGAGGCGCAGCAGCAGGCGGCGGUGGCGGACAAGGAGGCGGUGUCGUCUUGCGGCGCGACUGAGGGGAGCUCCGCGGAGAGCGCGGACGGCACCAGCGUUGCCAGCGCCAGCAGCAGCAGCGCGCCCAGCGAGGGAGGCGCCAGCAGCAGCAGCGGCAGCAGCAGCGCCAGUAGCGGCGCUGGAGGGAGCUCUGGCCCGAGUGCCAGCAGCAGCAACAACAGCAGCAACAGCAGCAGCAGUGGCAGCGGCAGCACGGCGGGCAAGGCGGCGAGCUUCAUCUACCGCCUGGCGAACGUGCCUGUUGCGUCCAUGAAGCUCCCCGAUCAUCGCCCCAAGGCGCGUGGCAAGCCCACCGACACCACCGAUACUUCCGCCACCACGCCUGCUUCAACCGCUCCCAUCCCCGCCAGCAUCAGCAGCAGCGGUGGCAGCGGCGGGGGAGUGGUCGCCACCGCCUCCGCUGCUGGCGCAGCCGCCGCGAAGCUCUUCCGCCGCUCCGCGUCCCUCAUGGAAGGGGUUGGCGCGGGGAAGGGCGCCUCCUCUCCCGCCGCGACGGGCGUUGCAGGCGCUACCGUGGGCGGAGAGAGCAGCGCAAAGGCGGCUGAAACCGCCGCCGACCCCGCAAAGGGAGACGGAGGGGACGCCCCAACCCCUGCUCCCGCUGCCGGCGCUGCUGGCGCGGCGUUGGUCGCUAGCCCUGCCAUGAGCGCCUCCCCUGCUCUUGCGCCCAUGAAAUCUCCCCCUUCCGCCCGCACCCGCUCCGGCUUCUUCUCCUUCGAUCGAUCCCCCGCCACCUCCGCAGCCGCCAGGGGCUCCCCUGCCGCGGGCUCUCUCCCUCCGCCCAUCGCGCUCCCCGCCGCCGCUUCCCCCGCGCCCGCGAGCAGCAAGGCCGCGGAGCCUGCCGCGGCGGUCGCGGAUAGCACAGUGGGGGAGGACGAAGAGCUUCCGCCGCUAGUGUCGUUCUCGGGGGAGCUCCGCCGGCCGCCGAACCCCGCGCUGGUGGGGGACCCGUAUCACCGCAGCGUGGCGAGCGGACCCAUGGAGCCUCAGCACGGGGAACUUGGGGGGGGUUGGAGCGCACAAGGACCAGUCUCCUGGGCUCAAACCCGCGGGAAUGCGCGGAGUCGGGCUGAAGCUCUUCCCCCUUCCUCCCCGAAUCUGCCUCCACUUCCCGCAAGCGCCAUGUCCCCCACUACCUGCCUUCUUUCCGCCUCAGCCGCGCCAGAGCCUUCCGCGGGGCUCCCCGCAAACCUGGGCGGCGCAGGAGCAGGUACGGGGGGCCGGUUCGGCGCCUUCCGGACCCCGCUCCGCAGUCUGAGCGGCGGAGUGGGGAACGACGGGGGGAACCUGCUGCGCCAUUCGAUGUCGGACGUGCUCAUGGAGGCCGCCCGCGCGGGCGUGGGCGGACCAGGCGGAAAAGGAGGCGCAGACGCGGCGGGGGGAGCGGGAGUGGGCGGGCAGCACGAGCGCGGAAUCAGCGUCAGCGCGUCCACCUCAGCGCUCUUCCUCCCCGGAACCGGCAUUCGACCCGGUUUCGCCGCCGCGCUCGGUGGCGUGCCUUCCGCGGCCUCAGGUGCGCCAGGUGCGCUGGCGGCUCGAGAGCGCGGAAGGAGCAGCAGCGGCGGGGCCGGAGAGCUCCAGGCGGACCUGGUGGCGGCGGAGGCGGCGAUCGAGGGGCUUCAGCGCGACUGCACGGCGCAGCAGCAGACGUCGCGCGCGCUGCUGCGCGAGGUGGAGGCGCUACGCGCGCAGCUGGCGGAGUCGCUGGUGGCGGACCGAGCGGCGGAGGCGCAGCUGGCGGCGGUGAUGAGCGAGCGCGACGCGCUGGCGAAGCAGGUGGCGAUUCUGAAGGUGGCGCAGAGCGAAGCGGAAGCGGCGGGAGGCGCGGGGGUCGGCGGAGGCACGUCGGUCCUGAUGGUGAUGCGCGACCUGGAGUACCACACAGAGCUGAACGCGCAACUCAAGUCGGAAGUGGAAAUGCUCUCGUCCGCCAAUGAGGAGCUGGCCAAGGCGCUGCAGCGCGCGGAAGCGGACGCGGACAAGUACCGGCGGGACGCGCAGGACCUGUACGAGCGCGAGCAGGCGCGCGAGCAGGCGGGCAAGCGCGCGCAGCGGCAGACGGACGAGCGCGAGGCGGAGUGGCGCGAGCGCAUGCGCAAGCUUGAGGCGGACUGGAGGGAGCGCAUGCGCAAGGCGGUCGACGCGCACAACCAGCUCGAGGCGCGCCUGGCACAGCUGGAGGGCGACUGGCGCGCGGAUUCUGGGAGAGGCGCUGGGCGGAGCUUCGCGGAGGGACCAUCGGGAACAGGAGGAGGGGCGGGUGGCGUGGAGGGCGGAGAGGCAGGGACGGGCGCGGAAGGGGCUGCGGCGGCUGCAGUUAGCGGAUGCGCUGGCGCGGAUGAUGCUGACGGUGCCACCGCGACGCGCUCCCCAGGCCUGUUCCCUCCUGCUGCGUCUGCUGCCGCACCUUCCUCCAGCAGUACUAUUCCCGCUUCUCUCAUCACUACUAGCGCGCUGUGCGGCCCGCCGUUGCCGCUCCCUCCGGCCGCGGCGGCAGCGGAGUGCGAGUCGAGCCGCAUGGAGCAGCUGCAGCAGAAACUGGCGGAGGCGGAGAAGGAGGCGCAGGAGCUGACGGCGGAGAGCCUGGAGCUGGCGGCGAGUUUGACGGCGGCGAAGCGCGACGCGGAGAGCAAGGAGGCGCGGAUCAAGGAGCUGGAAGGCGCGAUGGAGGAAAUUAUCCGCGCCACGGGGGUGGAACCCGCGGAACCGGCGGAAACGGCGGAACCGGCGGAGUCAGCGGACUCCGCCGAGGGAGGGGGCUUGGGGAGCAAUGGCGCUGGUUCUGGUGCUGGCGGUGCUGGUGGUGGUGCGGAUGGGGGGAGGAAGCUGGGUGGAGGCGGCCUGGUGGGCAAGUGGAAGGAGCUGCGCGCGAAGAAGCAGCAGCGUGAGCAGGAGAGCAUCGCGCGGCUCAAUGCUCACGUGGCGGAGCUCAGCGAUGAGCUGGACAAGCGCAAGGCCGACGUCAUCAACGCGUCUGCUGAGGUGGAGCGGCUGCGCGGAUGCCUGGCGGCUGCGGAGGCGUCCGCCGCGAAGGUGGUAGCGGAGGCGGAGGAGGAGGCGGCGGCGCUGCGGGCGGAAGCCGCUAGGCUGCAGCGGGAGGCGGAGAGGGCGGCGGAACAGCGCGCGGAGCUGGAGAGCGAGGUGGCUGCGCGGGGGAGCCAGCUCGCGGCGCUGCAGCGGCGGUGCGAGGCGGCGGAUGAGGAGCGGCAGCAGCUGGCUGUGCGCAUGGCGGAGGAGGUGAGCAUGCGGGAGCGCGCGGAGGAGUCCGCCGCCUCCCUGGCGGCGCAGCUGCACCUGCUGGCGGAAGAAGCGGAGGAGGCGGAGGAGGCGGCGGAAGCAGUGGCCGUGGCGGCGACAGCCGCCGUGGCGGCGGCGAACGCGGCGGAUUCAGGCUCGGGAGCAGCAGGAGGAGGAGCAGCGGGAGCAGCGGCGGGUAAGGCGCUGCUGCCCAAGGGGCUGGUGGGCGCGGCGAAGAAGUUCAAAGGGCAGGUAGAUGCGGCGGUGCGCGUGGAAGAGCUGGAGUUGCAGCUCGCGUCGCUGCGCGAGCUGCUGCAGGAGGCGACGGCAGCGCAGGUCAAGGCGGCGCGCGAGUCGGCGGCGGAAGGCGCGCGCAGCAAGGAGGUGGAGCAGCUGCAGGAGGAGGUGGCGGUGUGGCGCGUGCGCGCGGAGGGGCUCGAGCGGGACCUGCGCGUGCUGGAGGCGGAGAAGCGCACGCGCGAGGGGCGCAUUUCGGAGCUGGGGCGCGAGGCGGGGGAGGCGCGCAUGCGCGCCAAGGCGGCGGAGGAGGAGAUGGGGCGGCUGGCGGCGCGCGUGAGCAUCGCGACGGCGCGCGCGGCGGCGCAGGAGGUGGAGGUGCGGGAGAGCCGCGAGAGCAAAGCGGCGGCGGUGGGCAUGGUGCAGCAGCUCGAGGAGGCGCUCCGGCGCGCGGGCAGCGAGCGGGCGCGCGCGGAAGCGGAGCUGGGGGAAGCGGUCGCCGCCAGAGCCGCGAUGGAGCAGCAGGUCGCGGCGCUGGAGGCGCGCGUGGAGGAGCUGAACGGGGCCGCGGAGGGCCGCGGGCGCAGCGCGGCGGACGCGGCGGCGGUGGUAGCGGAGGCGCAGCGCGACGCGGAGCUGGAGCGCGAGGGCAGGCGCGCGGCGGAGGAGAAGGCGGCGGCGAUGGAAGCCCUCCGCGGACGCCUGCAGGAAACAGUGCGGCGCGAGGAGGAGCUGCGGCAGGCAGCAGCGGACCGCGCGGAAAUGCUAGAAGGCGAGCUGCGCAGCGUGCGCGAGCGCGCGGCGCGCGAGGCGGGGGAGAUGCGCGACAUGGAGCGGAAGCUGUUCCAGCGACUGGAGCAGGUGCUGGCGGAGAAGGAGGAGGGCGUGGUGCGAGUGACGCGACUGGAAGAGGCCGUGAAGAGAGAGCGCGCAGAGAAAGAGGCUGCCACGGAGCAGCUUCAGACGGAGGUGCUGGUGCUGAAGGAGCAGCUGCAGGCGCUGCUGGGCGGGCGCAGCGGGAUCGAGCGCACGGCGGCUGCGCUCGCGGAGGAGCAGGCGGCGCGCGUGGCGCUGGAGGGGCGGCUGCGCGCGGCGGAGGCGGGCGCGGUGGCGGCGGAGGCGCGGUGGGAGGGGGAGGUCCGGGAGCUGGAGGGGAAAGUGCAGAGCCUGCAGGCGGAACGCACACAGUGGCGCGCGCGUGAGGUGGGACUAGCAGCAGAGCUGGAAGUAGCCCGCGGGGAAGCGGUACUCCUGCAGGAACUCUCCUUUGAAGUGCAGCGGCUGAAGGAGGAGAAGGCGGCGAUUGAGAAUCUGCUGGGGGAGGCACGGGGCGUGAAUGAGGCGCUGGAGAGGGCGAUGCUGGCUGCUGAGAGGGAGAAGAGGGGACUGGCGAGCCAUGCUGCAGUGCUGAGUGAGAAAGCACGGGAGUGCGACCGCAUGCGCCUGCAGCAGCAGGCUGACCUGCUCGUGCAAGGCGUGGCUGCUGCUGCUGCUGCUGCCGCUGCUGAUGGGGAGACAGGUAAAGGAGGAGAGGCAGGUGGUGAGGAAGGAACCGGUGCUGCACCUGGGGCGGGAGGUGCGGCGAGUGGUGGGCUGGUGGAUAGGAAGCAGGCGGAGCAGUUCUUGGAGUCUCUGCACCUUAAAGUUGAGGAGCUGGAGAGGCAGGUGGAGGAGGGUGCACUGCUGGCCACAGAGUUGGAAAAUGCUAAGGCAGAGGUCGCCGCCAAGCAGGCGGAGAUUGCUGCAAAGCAGGCCGAGGUGGUGGUGAAACAGGCGGAGGUGGAGGAGAGGGAGAGGCGGAUCAAGGACCUGGAGGUGCGCAUAGCCGAGGUUCAAGCCGAAGCAGAGAGGCAGAAGGCGGAGUGGCGGCUGAAGCAGGAGGCGGCAGAGGAGGUAGUGGCAGCAAAGAUGGAAGGGCAGGCAGCAGCAGAGCGGCGCAUAGGGGAGAUGCGCGUGCAGGUGGUGGAGCUAGAGGCAGAGGUGGAGAGACUGCAGGUCGAGGCUGCUGCUGCCACCGCUGCUGCAGAGGCCGCGGCGUCGGCGGCAGAGGCGGCGGCUGCGGCGCUGCAGCAGCAGCAGAAUGGGAAUCUUGCGGCGCUGCUGGGUGCUGCUUCCAGUGCCGCUGCUGCUGCUGCUGCGUCUGGCAAGGCCAGCCCUGGUGCUGCUGGUGGUAGCAGCAGUAGCGGCGGUGGUGGAGGGAGUCCGAGCUACAGCAGCAGCGGCAGCAGUGGCGGUGGCGGAAGCGCCGUGCGGCGAAAGGCGAGCAAGGAGCCAGCAUCCCCAUCGCUGCCUGCACCUGAUCGCACCACUGUCACUCGCAAGGUGGUUGUCGUGCGCCGUGUGCAGUCCAACCGUGACUCCUCUGCUGCCACCACCACCACCACCUCCUCCUCCUCUUCUUCUUCCACCUCUACAGCUCCCAGGCUGCCCUCCCCCAGUGCAUCAUCCACCCCUGCGUCCUCCCUCCCCUCCACCCCCCGCAUUUCCAAGUCUGCCUCGGCGUCCUCUGCUCGUCCCGCCAGUCCACGCGCUGCUAGCCCCAGUAACAUCCCCAUUCCCAGUGCUGCUUCUGCUGCUGGCACAGCAGCCAGUGACAAGGCUGAAAAGGGUACAGAGGGGCCUCCAGCAGCAAGGGGUGGCAGCCCUCGCAGUGGCAUUCGCCCUCCCAGUGUUGUGGUCUCAGGAAAAACCAGGGUUGCAAGCACCACCAGCACCAACAUUCCAUCGGUGACAGCUACUGCCGGCGAGGGAGCUGUGGGAAGUGGAAUCACACGUGUCAGUCGAGCCACAGCCAAGGCUCGCUCCCCUAGCAGUCAAAGCCCCUCUGCAUCUCUCAACUCAGCUUUCAACAACGUGGCAGCCGUGAUAAGUUAUUAUUGGAGCCACUGGAACGACGAGAGAGAACCGGAGCUCAGGGAUAUGCCAUAUGCCCUUAUAUUCGCCUUCGCUCUUCCCAUUGCUCGAUAUAUUCUGGACAAGUCCGUUUUCGAGAUCUUGGGGAAAAAGUUCGUCCGUAGCAAAGCUAUUUGGACAAAGGAUGUCUCGUUCACAUCAGAUAAGGGUUCUGCGGCUGCUAUUGACAGGGAAGCCCUGUUGAAAACUCGGCGCAAAUACAAGGAGUCGCUGUGGAAAAUUGCGUACUAUCUAUCGUCAUGUAUCUUCUGCUACUUUGUGACGUCUGGAGAGCCCUGGCUCACAGACACGAAGUACUACUGGAUCGGCCCUGGUUCGAAAGUUUGGCCAGAUCAAACAGCAAAGCUGAAGGCCAAGGUCCUGUUUGGCUACUUCGCGGGAUUUUACAUUUAUAGCAUUUUCGCCAUUCUUUUCUGGGAGACCCGACGAAAGGACUGGCUUGUGCAUCUGAUCCAUCAUAUAUGUUGCGUGACCAUGUCGAUUGUCUGCUAUCACUUCAGAGUAUUCCGAAUGGCCCCUGCAGUCAUAGGACUUCACGAUAUAAGCGACGUGCUGCUCGAGGUUGUGGUGGUUUCCGCGAAACGUCUUGUACAGCUUCUGUUUUGA